ACUAGCAGUUUCUAUCGGCACUUUGUCUAAGCAACAAUAUUGGUCCGAGGUCUUGCUAAAAGCUUUGAUGAUGACAUGUAGAUUAAUAUAGGUACAGAUUGCCCACGCUGCAGACGCUACUUUCUGUAUCACCAAUUGUUUUUUGGGUUCUCCUCAUUUGCGUUGCGCUAUCUCGGCAUCAAUAUGCCGCCAGCUCCUCCUUUGAACAUCACUAUCAUUGGUGGCGGUAUUGCGGGGCUGUUCGCUGCGAGGGUUCUACGCGAAAAGCACAACGUAACCGUUCUAGAGAAGAGCAGUGGUGGCAACGAAGUAGGUGCCGCUGUCACACCUGGACCAAAUGCGACCAAAUGCCUUUACAAAUACGGUUGGAAUCCUCAGAAAUGCGGCGCGCUCUCACUCAGCAAGGUCCGAACCUUGGACCAUAAGGGUGCACUUGUGCAAGAGCAGGAUGUGUCUGGAAUCAAGGAGCUUUUCGGGAGCGACUGGCACGUCGUACAUCGACUUGACCUAUGGAACGAACUGCUCAGGCUUGCAACGACUUCAUCCGAGGACCUCGGACUAGUUGGUCAGCCGGUGAAGAUCUUCUGGCGUGUCGAUGUUGUCAAAGUGGACAUUGAGAGUGGCGAUGUGAGUCUUGCGGAUGGUACAAUCAUUUCAGCGGACCUGGUCAUUGGCGCAGACGGCAUCAAAUCAACCAUCAGGCCACUUGUUGUUCCAGAGGCUGGGCAGCCUAUUGCUUCGGGAGCAUCCAUGUUUAGAUUUAUCCUUCCGCGUAACGUAGUCAACCAAGUCUCACCAGAUGUGCUACUGGGAGAUCCCACUAGUGGGACUGAACUCAACAUCAGUAUCGCUUCAGACGGGAGCGGACGCUCUGUCGUUACCUACCCAUGUCGAAACCUGGAGCUAUUGAACGUUGGCUGCAUUGCGCCAGAUCCGCUCAUCAACGUGCCGAUAUCAGACUCGUGGUCCGCGCCCGGAACCAGAGAAGACCUACUAAGAGUCUUCGGCGAUUUUCACUUGCGGCCAAUCCUUGAGCAAGCAGAGAACAUUAAAUUGUGGCAGCUGAGAGAUAACGACCCUCUACCAAACUACUUCAAGGGCCGAACCUUACUCAUUGGAGAUGCGGCUCACGCAAUGACACCGCAUCAGGGGCAAGGAGCAUCACAGGCAAUUGAAGAUGGUGAAGCCAUGGUUCUUUUUGUGGAUGAGCCUGUGACCCGUGAUACUGUAAAGUCUGUGCUGCGAGAUUUCGAUCGGGUGCGCCGAAUUCGUGCUACAAAAUUACAGGCGAUCACUCGCAGCGUACACGAUGCAAAGAAUCCAGAGAUGAUGUGGAAGAACCAGCAUUACAACUUUACGUAUGAUGGAGUCAGGGAUUGCCUGGCCAAAUUGGAUGCUGGUAAAGAUAUAUAGUUAUCUCUAUUACAUCGAAAGUCUCUCUAGCCGUUGCUUAUGUUAUUAAGGAUACUUAUAAUGUCAAU